AUGGGUAAUCGUAUAUCUCAAAAUAAUCAACCUUCCUUACGUCAUUCAUCGAAUAAAAAAAAUGAUCAACAAUAUUCUAAUCGAAAUCAUCAUAUGGAUUCACAUUAUACAAUAAUAAAUCAAAUAUUAAAUCAACAUUGUAAUCAUUUCAAUCUAAAUACAAGCAUAGAACAAGCAGCGAUGAAUAUUCAUAGAAAUGCUUUAAAUCUAGCGAUGGAACAUCAUAAACAAAUAUCUAAUAUUUGA